AUAAAAAGGACUGAGCAUUUAAAAUUAAUUCUAUCUCAGCAAAGAAAUGAGGAGUAAUAAGCUGAAAUUGUUUUAGCAGGUUUCUAAAACUAUGUUCGCAGACUAUUAACUAGAAAAAGAAUAAGGCAGGGAACAAAAGUCUAACUGGGCUCUAGCUGAUUAUCCGCACCAUUAUAUGUAGGGAAUCUGCCUGACAUUCAGUGGAUCAUUUGUGUUUCCCCCCGAGUCUACGUACGUGACAGGACUCAUUAAGUAAGCUUCAGUUGAUCGAUUUUAAAAAAAAGAAAAAAAACUGAUUCAGCAAAACACAGAAACACGUCAAACAAGCCAAAGCUAUGGACUCUUACAUCAAGUUGGUAAAUCAAAGUCAGGGGAGGGAUCGUGUUUUCAGAGCAACGCAGUACGCUUGUGCGCUUCUCCGACACCUGCUCAGAAAUCAUGCAGCCAGGAGAGAAGUGCUGGAAAAGCUGCGACGUGUGGAAUCCAACAUGAGUUCGGGGAGAAAACUGUUCAGACUAGGGAAUACAGUGAGCUCCAUCAGUGCUGUCAAGCAGACGAUGCAUCUCUCUGACCCCAUGCUGCAGUUAUGCUUGACGUCCACCCACCUCAUCCGUGCCCUAUACUUUGUCUGUGAUAACAUCCUUUGGGCCCAAAGUGUGGGGCUCCUUCACAGCAUCAACAAGGAAUGCUGGAGUCGUGCUGCAUCCCGCUGCUACCUCAUCUCACUGGUUCUAAGCUUGGCACGGGAUGUGUAUUUUUUUGCUCAAGUAACAGCAUGGGCUGCACAGAUGAUGGAGCACCAGAAGAAGCCCCUGCAGCCAAAGAGCAAGGCUGGAGAGGCAGCUUGCUACCCCCUCCUUGGGUCUUGUAUUCCAGCUCUCAUUUACAAAGGAUUGAAGAAUAACCCACCACUCAUCCUGGAUGCACUGAAGAACAUUUGUGAUCUCUUCAUCCCACUGGACACACUGGGCAUUUAUGAGACCAGUCCUGGCAUGGUGGGCCUGUGUGGUCUCCUGUCCUCUUUCAUAGGAAUACUUACAUUGCUGAAGCCCAACCUGAAGCUGACACCUUAAUAUAAAACUUUUCAGUUUAGUGGAAUGGCUGCUAAAGUACAUAGUCAAACACUGUGGUGACAUACACUACUGUACCUUCAAGAGUUACUGGGUACCCUUUACUGCUUAAAAGGAAAAAGUGUUAUUAAUGGAAACUGUUCAUUUUCAA